AUGGUCAAGGUCCUCGCCGCCUCCGGCGGCCGCGUCGCCGUCGACUUCGCGUUCCUGCAGCCGGGGGCCUGGGGCCGCUUCGCGGGCCUGCCGGUGCGCGGGGACGCGGCGCGGCUGCUGCAGGCCGUGGGCGUCGGCGCGCUGCGCCUGGGCGGCAGCACCUGCAACGUGGACGGCUGGCGCUGGAAGAGCAUGCGGGGGCCCCGCGAGGUCGGCCGGGCCCGAUUUCGUUUGUCAACCGGCACCUCUUCGCCAGUCAGGGCUGGCGAAUCUUCGAAUUCCUUGAGCUGUGCGAGCGGCUGGGGGUCCAGGCAGUGGUGA